UCUUGGCAGAGCGCAGACGGAGGCAGGACGGCCCCCUGCCCCCGCUGGCCGCCCCGGCUGACUGAAGUACAGCGAUGCACCAGGCAGCGGCCGUCGCGGUCAAAAAAGGCCGCGGCCGCCCGCAGCAGCAGCAGCAACAGCAACAGCAGCAGCAGCAGCAGCAGCGGCCGCACGAGUUCCGCGGCGACUGGAACGUGCAGGUGGUCAAGGGAAAGGUGACGUCCAAGUGCUUGUGGAACGCGUGCAAGGCGCUCUCGCUCGGCAUCCUGCUCAUGGUGCUCGGCGCCUCGAUGGCCAUCCUCGGCUAUUAUGCAGAUACGCUAUCUGUGAAUCAAGAGAUCAGAGGCAACACCACAAUCAAAGUGAAGAACGAGAGCAGAGGCUUCCACUUGAACAAUUUCUCCUACGCCGGACCCAUUGUGAUGGGCGUCGGAGGUUUCAUCGUGGUGGCCGCGUGCGUUAUGACGUUCGAGGCGCGCGACAGUGCGGCCAAGGUGGUGCCGGCCAAGUUCAAGCCGAAGACCAGCCCGACGCACAGGUACCGCGGCGACGACGGCAGCGGCCGCCGCAGCACCAGCUGCCAGACGCGCUGGGACAACCUUGGCGUGUUCAGGGCCGUCGCUCAGGGUGCCACCACCUUGGGCCUGGCCACGCCGCUCGCCUCCGCCCUCCCUUCGCCGGCGGUCAGCAUGCACAGGAGGGAACUCAAGCAAUCGUUCAUUAACUUUUCUAAGACUUUCCAGUCUUCUAUCGACUCGGCGGGUUACCAGACAGACGAGGCGAGGCCCAAGUCAUCGACGACGCCGAGUAACAACGCCGGCAGACGCAACUCGCUGGCAAAGUGCCCAUCAGCGCCCAACAUCGCGGCGCUGGCGGAAAACGGAAGUCCGCUACUGGCCGCGUUGCCGCUGCUGGCGAAGCCGGUGCCGCCGGCCCUGAUCGGCGCCGGGCACGCGGUUGCCGCCAGGGCGUCGACGGCCGCCGCCCGUCGCCAGAGCUCGUCCAUCAAGCGUGGCUGUCCGCUGCUGUCACCGCAUCCGCUGCAGAGACAGGCCCUCUCCGUCGACUACACCAACAUCAACUACUCGCCGCUCAUGUUCCAGCAGCGCCAGCCGCCGCCCCUGAUUGCCGAUUCCCCCAAGGGCAGCGUCGAAAGGGCAACUUCAGAGGCCUCUAUGGCGAUGGACCUGCAUUUGCCGGAUGACUGCCAAGUGACCCUGAAGGUUCGGGACCAGUCGAGGGCAAUGCCCCCGCGGCUGCACCAGCGGUCAGAAACUGCCAGGCGGCACCAGCUCACCAGACAAAAGCAAGUGGACAUUGAGUCGUCAGUGAACGACAUACAAAUCCAAGUGCCUGAGGUCAAAGUGCGGCGUCACCACUCGUCCAAGAGGGACGGCAGCAAAAGGCAUCACAGACACCGGGUCAGGAGGUCAAACACCUGCGCCAAUCCGCAGGACACUUCGACCAGGCAUCUGCAAGGAGAAGCCGCGUCCGCAGUCUGCAUCAGUCUCACCCCCAGCCCUGAAAGGUCACAAACGUCUUGCGGCUUACAGGUGCAGGUGGAAAAUUCGAGCAACCCGCCGAGCUCAAACCAGAGUUUCGAACUCAGCACGAUGGGUUCGGACCUGGAGGCAGGGCCGUCCUGUUCUUACGCAGCGCCCGUUGUGGAGGAGUCGUCGCCGUCGGUAGCCGAGACCACGAUCAACAUAGAAGAAAGCCAGUAAACGCUACGGAGAAAAGUAAAUAAACGUAGGUAAAGGGUGCCGCGCGUCGACCGAGAUGUGGUGGUUGUUUUCGGUCCGGCGAAUGACACUGCAUGUCGGAGUGUGCGGGGGCAAUCAAUAAUCGCGCUGCCCUCGUGCUCGGCUGGCUCGGCGCUGCACAUCCUGUUGCGCGCCCCAUUAUUCGCACCCGUACAGGAAUAAUGCACGCGCCCAAUGAUCCGCACAACGCGCAACCAAUCCAAUUUCUUGUUCACCCACUUCUUCCGCCUUUUUUCCUCGGAUUUCCGUGAGUGACGCGCGCUGACAGGUUCGCCGCUCGCUUUUCCUGACUCUUCCACCCCCUUUGCCCCUCAAGUUCGUCCGGGUCUUGAAAGGCUGAGGCUCUAUUUUUCCCACAAUUUGUAGACAGCAGUUUUUUUUUAUUUUAUCACUUUUUUCAUAAAAAUUCAUUAAGAUCUGGAAUGGAUUUGUUAUUUUUUAAGUUUUACUUACGCAAAACCAUUCGAAAAUUCCCACUCAAAUUGGCGGUCUAAUUUUUGUUUUAAGUUAAUAUAUUCAGCAAAAAUCUGUAAAUAUAAAUAUUUGAAUUUAUUUCAUAAACUACAAACAGGUAAACUUUUAAUAAAAAUUAGGGAUGCAAUAGAGACUGGUCAACCUGUUUUAUAAAUUUAAACUUUAUUUAACCUAAAAUUUAAAUUACAACACGGUUAACAUAUUAAUCAUUAUUUUGGCUCAUUCUCACUAUACUAAAACCUGUCGAUGGAAGCGCGUAUUUUAUCCAAAAUGAGUGACUCGGACUUUGACCGAACGGUACGUCUUGGAAAUUAUCCGAAAAGAAUUUAUCCAAAGGGAUGCUGUCCGAAUACUAAAAAUAACGGAAAAUGUUUUAGGCUCUCGUGUUUCAUGUGUCCUCUUUAGAAAUUCCCUUACCGAGAUGUCUCCAUUAUCAAGCUUUUUUGGUCGACCGCACGAUGGAAUCGUCUUGGUUGAGCCUUUCGAUAUUUUUGUCACCUCUAAAACUCCUCAGAUUAAGGGCAUUGGUGUUGAGAGAUUCUAAUGAAAUACAACAUGAGUUUACGGCUUUUUGUAAAACAUACUAACAAAUUGCGAGCAGUUUGGGUGAGAAAUUUGAAUUAGAUUCACGAAUUUACUAUGAAAAUAAUUCAAUUGAACUAUCGGUCCGGUGCUUCUGGUUUUAGACACAGGGCUAUAUCUUUGAGGAGCCAUUGUUUUAACAAAUAUUUUUCAUGUUGCGCCCAGCUUUCAAGACUUUCUUUUCCCUUGCAAAAGCUCGACGACAGCGAGCAAAUUCACAAUUUCGGAUCAAUACCUAUUUUGGUUUUCGAACAAUGUCCUGACCGUUCAGACUAAUUCCGAAACACCCAUUUCGUACAAAGUAUAUACACACCGUGCGUUGAUUUCAUUUUUUUUAAAUACAGUCUAUAGCUUUUAGAGUAAUUUAAAUAAUGUAAUAAAUGUUAUCUAAAUUAGCUGCUUACAUACGGAAGCUUUUUUAUUUAUUGUUAGAUCUCAAGCAAUUUAAACCUCUGCAUUUAAAAAUAUUGACGUCUUUGUUAACUUUGAAAUAAUAACUUUGUGGCUAAAAUACUAAAUGUUGAACACUAAAAAUAUAAAAAAAUACACAACCUUUUGAAAAACUGUGAUAUGUGUCGGUGUACAUGUGUUUGUAUAAAAGCAGGAAAGUAUUUUUUAUAAAAUAUUGUCACCCACAAGAGAAAAAUUUGUCAGUGUGACGACACGACGGCCCCCAAAAAGAGAGUCGUGUUGCCACAAAAAAUGAAAAAUAUAUUAUGCUAGUUGUUUUUUAUCUCGUCGUUCAAAUGCGAGUGAAUCGAAUUGUCUGUGUAGAAUCACAAGCACUGACUGCCGGUUGAAAUGUUGAAAAUCGAUGUGUGGUCGAGCUAUUUCAACAGAGGGCAGCCGAGCGGUGCGUAUAUACACAUACAGCCCGCCCGUUCCAGCGUAAACAAACUAAUUAUGCAUAAAAUGUUGAACACACUGCCUUAAGGAACGUCAAAGGCAACGGCAGCUUUUCGAAAACGGAAUUCAAUGCGCUUUUCAACAGUAACCGAGUUUCGCGGCUCAAGUUCAUGCGCCCGGCCGGAACUGGACACACAUUUUUAGCAAGAAUAAAUGCGAGAUUUCUAAUCUGGGACACGAGUAUAAAAGGAAAUUUAUCACCCAAAUGUGUUUUUAUUUAAAUGUUAACCAGCAAGACUGUGGCGAUCAUUGUUGUUGCAUAUUGAUGUGGUUCAUUAUUAAUGUUGUUGUUGUUAGCUUGUCCAAAAUGCAGGGUUCAGACAUGUAUAUAUAGGAGCUCAAUGUUGCGUUUUUUCCAAAUAAAUCGGUGUUGCUGUAA